GAGGAUAAGGCGGGUCUGCCUUGCCCGGUCGCCCCCCUCACCUCACCUCGCUUCUUCACAGAGAGUGAGAAACAGAGGAACCAAAACCCAAGCCAAAGCCCAAAGGGGAGAGCCGGAGAGGAAAGGAGAAGAAAGUCGCGAUGAGGCCCGCCGCCACCGCCGCCAGCACUGGCGGAUUCCAUCUCGUGCUCCCGGCGUCGCACAGGCGGCCUCCUCCUCCUCCGAGCCUUGCUAUCAGCUCUACCAGAGGAAGAGGAGGAGGAAGGCUUCGAGCGGCCGGAGAAGCGGCACCAGAAUACGACGUCUUCAGCGGCGGCGGCGGCGCGCUGCUGGGGCGCCCCCUGGAGGACGUGUACAAGGUGCGGGUGGAGCGCGGCGCGGUGGCGCGGGCCCGCGCGGAGGCGCUGCGCGUCAUGGAGACGUGGUCGUCGUGGCGCACGGGCGGGCGGUGCCGGAUGCCGUGGGACUGGCAGGUGGACCAGCUCGUGUACAUCGUGUCCGGGGAGGUGAAGGUGAUCCCCGCCGGCGCCGUCCACGGCGACGAUUACAUGCACUUCGUCGCCGGGGACCUCGUCAGGUACCCGCGCUGGUUCGAGGCCGACCUCUACUUCGACGGCCCCUACGAGGAGCGCUACCGAUUCCUCGCCUACGGAGACGACAACUAGCCUCCUGGUUACUUAGUCUGCAACUAGAUUACUACUAGCAGCUAUCCUGAAUUCUUCUAUCAGUAUCACCUCUUGUGCUUCCUCUGUUUCAGCUUAGUUAUUAGGCUUAUUAUUAGUUACCCUAUCGGCCUAUCUUUCGUAAAAAUAUAUGCAGUUAGCUCAUCCUUUGUGUGGCAAAAGAAGAGAACUAUGAGUUCAGACACCAAAAUUAAACUUAUCCUUCUGAUAUUUUGCGGUCC